GGGUUUACCAUGAACCAUGGACAGCUGGCGAACCCGAACGGCUGAGAGUGUGCGUCACUUGCGUAGCGAACUCUGUGCGGAACAUUUGCCACCAUACCGAACAGUUGAUGGAGACGAACAUCCCUGGCAGAAGUCCCCGUCUGGUACUGAUGCGACCCUUCAUCGCUUUAUCGUAGCACGAAAAGGGGAUGUUUUUGCAGCCAAGAAACAAUUCAUUGAAAAUUUGCAUUGGAGAUCGCGGGUCUUUCCUAUCCCGAGGGAAGGUUUGACUGCGCAACUUUUGGAUGAAGAUCUUCGAUUUCGCACAUUGCGACCAGACACUGACGGUUGCCCUGUCCUUCUUGUGAACUUCCUCUUCGGUGAAUUUGAAACCCACGAAAUUUCACAGCUGGCGCUAGUGCAGGCAUCCAUUCGUUUUUUUGAGGAGGCCAUCGAUUCAAUGGAAGAACGCGGAGUACAUCAAAUUUGUGCCAUUGUUUUCGGCAGUCCACCACCUGUUGCUUGGGCACAUGUGAUGGUCAAAGUCUUUCAGAACAAUUAUCCAGAAAGGUUGAAAGUGGCAGUUGUUUAUCCGGUCCCAUCUUCUUUUGUUUCUUUGGUCCGUCAAGUCAUGUGGUUCGUGGACGAGAACACUCGAUCCAAAGUCGACAUGGAAACGGAUGAGUGGCCACUGUUGCGGCGCUUCGGCUAUCGUUCCGAGGAUUUGCCGUCGGAGAUCCAAGGUGGAUACCUGGGUGUUGGAGAGCGUUGGAAACCCGAACGUAGGAAACUUUUGGGGAUGGCAUACUCCUUUCUGUUGCCUCAUGGACGACAAGUGUCCAAAUUGGAGGAUGAACUGUACAGAUGUGCCAGGAAAGCCACUGCUGCACCUUCACCGUCUCCAAAAAAUGGGUCAGAUCUGAAUGACGAUUGGUCUGCCUGGUUGUUUGCUUGCUGUUUGCAGCGGCCGAACCAUUCCGCGGAGGAUUUUUUCUUCGAUAGUGUUGACAAUAGCCAUGACGUGCCACAGCCAGCUGCUGAGGUUUCAGGAGAAGAAAUUGAGGAUGGCAAAACUUGGAGAUGUUUGUCUGUCGUGUACUGGCUGUUCAGAUGCCUUCUGGUGAUUACUUUGUCGAUUUUCCUUUUGCUGAUGCUGCUGGACACUACACAGAAACGGAUCUCUGCAGAGCUUUGACCGCUGGUUUUAAUUUAAGCGACGGGCAGCCCCUGACAACCAGGGGACGUGAUCGAUUGAGUCCAACAGCGUAGAAGGCUGUUUGGCAAUUGUUUCCCAAUGCCUCUAGACAUUCGUCCAAAA